AACAUCAUCAUCCGCUUGACCCAUUUUCCCAAGAUCGCGCGAUGGUCGAGUGCGAGCAAGCGCCUGCCGCCCUGCGAAGCAGCGUGGACACGGCAGACGACGGCUACAUGAGCCCAAGCGACUCGGCCGCCAUGGCCUCGUGGCUCCUGGUCGACGACGACGACGACGCCGACGACGCGGUCUUGCCCCGACGAAAGCACGACGUCUCGGGCUUGCCAUGGACAUGCAGCAACUGCGGUGUCUCGUUCUACUCGCUCCGGUCCGUCAUGGCCGACGACUGCUACUGCUCGGGCGAAUGCAAGUGGAGCGUGAUCCUCUUCCGCGAAAUGGACUCCCGGAGUCUCUGCUAUGGCUCCAAGGCCAAGGCGUCCGCCACCUACGACGCGCUGCCCGAGACAGUGCGCUACGUCGCGCCGCUUCCGUUCUAGUCGUCUCGUUGUCUUGCCUCUUGCUCUAUCUGUACCAUACCACGACCCUGCACUGUGCUUACAUAGAGUGUCCUUUGCUCCGCCAUGAUGUCUACACCGCU